AAACAUGUACACACUUUGACUUAAUUAGAUCAAAUCUGAAGCUAAACUUGGAAGAAAUAAUGUGAAAAACCAAAAUAAGAUUACCCUCAAGCUAAGCUUUCAUCUAUGUCCCUUAUAUUGAACAUGUGUGUGUAUGUGUAUGUGUGUGUUUUUUUAUUUUUUUAUUUUUUUUAAGAAUACCAAAUUCAAGGGAUUUUAAGAGUAGUUGACUAAUUAGGAAUGAAAAAUUCAAAACGUUUCUAUAUAUGUACAUAUUGAAUGGAUUACAGUGCAUUUAUUAAGAUUUUUUUCUCUCAUUUCCUAUUUUUUUGAGUACCAAUUCUAAUACACUGAUUAAAGAUUUUUCUGAAUUCGAUGAUCACCCCAUUCGAGAGAUUGUUUAGAAAUGAAAGUCUAUAGCGAUCAGAUGGAGAAACCACUCAUCAUGUUCAAGUACGGCAAAAGAAACUACUGGUUUGUUUUCUUGGUUCUAUUGCUUUGCUGUUUCUAUUAUGCCUUGUUUGCAGGCAACAAUAGCGUAGUCACUUUGUUUUCUAGAUAUUCAAGUUCUUGGGAUCCUAUUGAAAAUCCAAAUGAAACUAGUUGGGAUAGUCAAAUUAAUUCAUCAAUUCCUAUUGUAGAGAACACAACUGAAUUAACUAGGGUGAAUAUGACACAAAUUUUGGAUUCGCGCUCUGGAACUGAAAAUCCAAAUGAAACUAGUUGGAAUAGUCGAGUUAAUUCACCACUCCCUACCGCAGAGAACACAACUGAAUUAACUAGGGUGAAUAUGACACAAAAUUUGGAUUCGUGCUCUGGCCGGUACAUCUAUGUUCAUGAUCUUCCUAGCAGAUUCAACCAUGACAUUCUGAGCAAUUGUUCGUCGCUGAACAAGUGGCAUGACAUGUGCCAGCACUUGCUGAACAAGGGUCUUGGUCCUCGGGCGGCAAAUUCUGAAGGGGUUCUCCAAAACAGGAGUUGGUAUGUGACCAGCCAAUUCACGUUGGAAGUCAUUUUCCACAACAGAAUGAAGCAGUACGAGUGCUUGACGAACGACUCAUCUCUAGCGUCGGCAAUUUACGUACCUUAUUAUGCUGGACUUGAUGUUGGGAGAUACCUCUGGGAUAUGAACACAUUUGCAAGGGACUCUGCCUCUCUUGAUCUGGUCCAGUGGCUGUCUGGAAAACCCGAGUGGAGGUCAAUGUAUGGGAAGGACCAUUUCUUUGUUGCAGGGAGGGUCACUUGGGAUUUCAGGAGACAUGGUGACAACUAUACUAAUUGGGGAAACAAACUGAUGUUGUUACCAGAGGCGAAGAACAUGACAAUGUUGGCGAUUGAAUCAAGCCCCUGGAGCAGUAACGACUUCGCGAUUCCAUAUCCAACGUACUUCCAUCCUUCAACCGACAGGGAGGUGUUCCGGUGGCAGAGCAAGCUGAAAAGGCAGAAAAGGCGAUACUUGUUCUCAUUCAUUGGUGCUGCGCGGCCUACUCUUCAAGAUUCUAUCCGGGGUCAGAUUAUCAAGCAGUGCCUAGCUUCGAAGAGGAAAUGCAGGCUGCUGGAUUGUAGUUCUAGGAAGUGUUACAAUCCGGUUCACGUGAUGAAAAUGUUUCAGAAGUCCACAUUCUGCUUGCAGCCAUCCGGAGAUUCAUACACAAGGCGAUCAAUGUUUGAUUCGAUUUUAGCCGGUUGCAUACCGGUUUUCUUCCAUCCAGGUUCUGCUUAUGUCCAAUACAUAUGGCAUUUACCAAAGAAUUAUACAAAAUAUUCAGUGUUUAUACCAGAGAAUUCAAUUAGAGAUGGUAAGGCCAGUAUUGAGAAGACACUGCUUAAAAUAUCGAAAGACGACGUCUUAGCCAUGAGGCAGGAGGUUAUAAGGUUAAUCCCUAGGGUAAUAUAUGCAGAUCCAAGGUCUAGAUUGGAGAACAUUGAAGAUGCAUUUGAUAUAGCAGUUAAGGGAGUUCUCGAGAGAGUUGGGACAAUUAGGAGGGAUACGAAAGAGGGGAGGAGUUCUAAUAUUGAAUGUGAAGAAGAUAACAGUUGGAAGUACUACCUUUUUGGGACAGAAAAAAAACAUGAAUGGGAUUAUUUCUUUUCAAAAAGCAAACAAGAAAAUUAGAACAUGGGUUAUAGACAUCAUUACAUUAAUUCUUGUUCUAAAGUUGUUCCUAUAUGUUGUCCUAUCUGUAUACAAAACUGGAUUGUUUAUUUCUUUUAACUCUUCUUUAUAUGUGUAUUAUGUUUGGUGAUUUGGUCUUCAAAA